AUUUGUGUAUAUGGAUUAUAUAAUUGUUAAUAGUUGUUUAAAAUUGUUAAUAAAACAUUAAAUUGUUAAUGUAAUUGAUGCUAUACGACACUAAAGAGACUCUGAGUUUAUUUGCCUUUGUUUGUUUGUUUGUUUGUUUAAAGAUGCCGGAUCCGAAUGUGAAUUUUAAUUUGCUCCAGAAGACUUGCACUCUCGUUGUGCUCCUUUGCUGUCUGCACAUUUUUGUCACUGUAUUUUAUUAUGUCAGAUCGCUGGAUUUUAGACAGUCAUUUGUCCAAAACCAGAAUCAAACGUACCAAAACCACGGGAAACUGGAAAAGCAUGCAGCACUCACAGAAGAACUCAAAUCAAGCAGCACUUUAACUUCCAAAAAAAACACUGUUACAGAAACCCAGCUGGAAAAAUGCCCUGAUCCGUCUCCUUUGCUCGUGGGUCCGCUCAGAGUUGAGUUUAACUUUCCAGUGAACCUCGAUGAGGUGAGGAAUAUGAACUCGGUGUUACAAGAGGGAGGACGCUUCAAACCCAAAGAUUGCAUAGCCCUGCAGAAAGUGGCCCUCAUCAUCCCCUUUCGAAAUCGAGACGAACACCUGAAGUACUGGCUUUAUUACAUGCACCCGAUCCUGCAGCGGCAGCAGCUCGACUAUGGGGUCUAUGUCAUUAACCAAGAUGGAGAAGAGACGUUUAACCGGGCCAAACUGUUCAAUAUAGGCUAUGUCGAGGCCCUGAAGGAGUACGACUACGAUUGCUUCGUAUUCAGUGACGUCGACCUCAUCCCCAUGGACGACCGAAACACAUACAAAUGCUUCAGCCAACCAAGACACCUUUCUGUUUCCAUGGACAAAUUUGGCUUCAGGCUUCCAUAUAACCAGUACUUUGGGGGGGUGUCCUCAUUGAGCAAGGAACAGUAUCUGAAGAUCAACGGCUUUCCAAAUAACUACUGGGGCUGGGGAGGCGAGGACGAUGACAUCUUCAACAGGCUGAGCUCCAAAGGGAUGGUCAUAUCCAGACCCACCGGUGUCAUUGGAAAAUGCAGGAUGAUCCGUCACAACCGGGACAAGCAGAACGACUCGAAUCCCCAAAGGAAUGGAAGGUGACGACCCCAUCGGUUUUCUACAGAAAAUGCUACCUAAAUGGAUCCCUGACCUUUCGGCGCGCUCAUGCCAGAUUGAGAUCGACAGAGCCCAUCGUGUUUAUUCGAAUUCCAACUCAUCUAGACCACGAUCGAUGAUAUUACGGCUUCUUCGCUAUCCUGACAUGUAAGCCAUCCUUCAAGGAGCACGUAAAGCAAAACCCACUUUGCCCGGAGGAGCGCGUUUGGAGUUCUAUGCUGACUAUGCCACGAGACGGCACAAAAAAGGAAGCCGUUUUCAACCAUAAGAUCCAAACUUAACCAGAAAGAUCUACCCAGCAUUGCUGAAAGUCGCUUACAAGGGUCAGAAAAACUCAUUUGAAUCUCCAGAAGAUGCUGAAAAGUAUCUGGAGGGUCUUGAUGAAACAGUGACAACAACUGCUCACAGAUCUUUAAAAUUUCCGCCUGUGGAGUCAAUGGAGGAGGACUUAUAAUCGCUUUUGACCACGAAUUUGUUCAAUACAAGAACUAGCAACCUUUUCAACGUUUGCUCAUGGUUCAGCCCAUCAGAGUGAAAUGGUAACAUUCCUAUUUUUAUAUGGUAUUUUAUUUAACUGUUUAUUCUAUUUUUUAUAUUUUCUACCUCAUGUGCAGACUAUUAGAUAUUGCUUUAGAGAGAGUUUUUAGUUGAGUAUUGUAAGCUCACUAACCUUGAAAAGUUGGGCCUCAGUUCAUAAUUUAAUUCCGGUUGCCAUAAAGAGUCAAGCUAUGGAAAUCACAUGUUAGAUGACUAUUCCGAGUUCUAUAAAAAUCAUCCUAUAAUUCUACAUUUCUCUGUUUGUUUAAAUCAUAGAGGUUAAUAAGGUAAGUAGUGUUCUAGACAUUGCCUCGCGAUCGCCACAGAUGUUUAUUAAAAGGGUUAUAUGGGAGAGGGAGGGGUUGCUUAGGCGCAUAAAGCACCCAGGACCCAUACUGAUUUUGUUACUACAUAUGGUUGUGAAAAUCUUGAUUAUAUGUUCAACAAUCUGUUUUUUAAACAAUCUGUGGUAUACUUUAAAGAAGUUAAAUUUUGGUGACCGGUUUAUUAGAAUGAUACAAACUUUAUACACUAAUCCCGUGGCCAGGGUAUCUACUGGUGGACUCAUCUCAGACAGGUUUAAUGUUCAUAGAGGUACAAGGCAGGGUUGUCCACUUUCCCCCCUUUUGUUCAACUUAUCAAUAGAACCCCUGGCACAGAAUGUUAGACAGUGCAGUCUCAUUACACCAAUUCCAGGGUUUCCGCGGGGUCAUAAAAAGUCAUAAAUUUAACAAUAAGAAUUUAAGGCCAUAAAAAGACACAAAAACGUCCGGAUUUUCCAUACAAGGUCAUAAAAAACAUUUAGCCACGUCUUAAAUUGAUAUUCUCAUCCGUUAAUUUGUUCUUCAAUCAAAAUGUGCUCGCAGCGGCAAUGGCAUUCAUUUGUUUCGCCUGUUGUAGUUCUGUAUGAGGAAUCUGGGUGGUAUCACACUGGUAGCACAGCGUUCCAGAACUACAAGAUCCAUGCGGCAGCAUACAGACUUGUCGGAAGGACUUUCACAGAAACCCGCGCGAACUCCGAACAUACUGUAUUAUACUGAGUCACUGCUUAGUUUAAUUGCAAUCAUCCUGGCUAUCACAAUGGGAAAAUGUACCUUUAACGAUCUGUGGCUUGAAGACGGUGCGUUUAGUAGCUGGCUCAAGCCCGUCGCUAACAAUCGGUAUCAAGCCUAUUGCACUCUGUGUAAGAAGACGUUGGAGCUGUCUAGUUUAGGCAUAAAAGCCUUGAAGUCGCAUGCAAAGUCGGAAAAGCAUAUCGUUGCUGUAAAAGGCCUGCAGCGGGUACAGGCGAUCCGUCAGUUUUGUUUGGCUCCGUCACUAACGUUUCCCGGUCCAAGUACAGCGCGGGAUUCCGUUUCUGUCGCAUCCAGUGCCACACACAGUGGUUUCGGAUCAACCUCCACACUGAAAGCGGAGGUCCUGUGGGUGUUGAAUACUAUAAUAAUAGAAUUACUCUUUAAAUAAUAAAACUUGUUACUUUCAAUGAAAGUCAAUAAUAAAGACUUUUGAAAGGAAUUUUAAUGACUGAAGUUAUUUAUCGUAAUUCGUGUAGGUCAUAAAUUCAAAUCAUAAUGGCCAUAAAAAGGUCUUAAAAAGUCUUAAAUUUGACUGAUUAAACCCUGCAGAAACCCUGAAUUCGGUUAGGCGCAUCAAGCCACUCUAUUUCUUUAUAUGCAGAUGACACAUUAUUAUUUCUAUCUGACUUGCAGCGCUCGCUUUCUAAUGCCCUCAAAAUUAUAGACGAAUUUGGCAUACUAUCGGGAUUUAAAAUUAAUCACACAAAAACUAUUUUGAUGCCUCUUAAUUCCGAUGAUCUAAAUUUUUCUAUUCCAAACAAUAUCUUAAUAUCAACGCAAGUUAAAUAUUUAGGGAUCGAACUCAGACCUACUUUACCCCAAUCUCAAAAAUAAACUUUGUCAAUCUAUGAGAAAAUCAGUUUUCUCAGAGUCAGAUACUCAGCAUUGGAUGUAUCUACCCUCAUCACCUUCAGCCCGAAUGUCAGUGAUAAAGAUGAAUAUUCUGCCUCGCAUUAAUUUUAUUAGGUCAAGAAAUGGUUUGAUCCUUGUUCACAGUCCUCGUGGAAAGUAAUAGAGCAAGAGAUUAUUUCACCAAUUCGAUUGCAAGACUUUUUAUUUUCUGGUCAUACAUAUAGGAAGUGCUCAUUACAUUAUGGACCUAUACUUUCCUACACUCUCCAAAUAUUUAAAAAGGCAAGGCAAGGCAAGUUUAUUUGUAUAGCACAUUUCAUACACAGAGGUCAUUCAAAGUGCUUUACAUAGAAAUUAGGAAACAGUUUAUAAUAGAGAAAAAAAAAAUAUAUGUAAAAAUAAGUGACAUACGAUAAAAUCAUAAUAAAAACAAAGAACAAUUAAAGAAAAAAAAGAUUGAAUCCCUUUUUCCUUCUAAAACUAUAUGGUAUACCCAUACUCCCGUAUGGCACAAUCGGAACAUGCUUUCUGGUGGACAACCAUUUGUACAGCCAACUUGGGCUACAAAGGGUAUUCUAACGUUAAACGAUGUAAAUGGAGAGAAAUCAAUUUUAAAUUUUCAAGACUUAAUAGAAAGAUUUAACAUUUCCCGUAACACUUUAUUUCUAUAUUUCCAACUUCGUUGGUUCCUUGGGGCAAUAAUCUACAAAUUCACCCAGUAAUGCAAUGGAUUCAAAAUGCGCCAAACAUAGGAAUUGUCUCUUAUUUCUACUCUUGCUUCUCAAACCUCAACUCUGAUGAUUUCCCUAAAGCUAGAGUGUGGUUAUCAGACUUGACUCCCUAUAAUAGAAGUAUUGAUUGGGACACAGUGUAGGUUAAUACAUUCCAUGCAUCCUCAAUCUCUAAUCACAAAUUCAUUCCCUUUAAAAUUAUUCACAGAGCAUAUUUAACCACACGUGUACGUUAUGCUGUGGGUAUUUCACCCCAUCCGUAUUGCAUAUUUUGUGGACCAGGUUGCCUUGACACUUUCAGACAUAUGUUAUGGGACUGUCCAGGUGUACAAAAAUUUUGGGACAUUGUGCUUGAUGGUAUAUACAAGGUUAUCAGGAUUCGUUUUCCUAAGGAUCCUGUUAUUUUAUGGUUGAAUGAUAAUUCUCAACUUUCUGUAAGUGUAAAAGAACAGAAAUUUUGGCUAGCAGCUUUGACUGCAGCAAAGAAAUUACUAGUUCAACGCUGGAAGCCCCCUCAUGACUUUUCUGCUAAGCACUGGAUUCACUCCUUGUUGGAAAUACUAUACAUGGAACUGUCUUCUGCACGGACUAAUCACACAAAGCCUGCUACUCUAUCUAUGUGGCAGAACUGGAUUUAUAACCUCGAACAUUUUGGUUAUCUAGUAUAAACAUGUCAUUCUGUUGUUAAUAUUAAAAUUCUGUUAGUAUAUUUUUAUAUAUACUUAUUUGAGCUUAUAUUGUUUACUUUUGUAUUUACAUGGGUCCUGGGGUGCGAUGGGAU